AUCUGCACAAUCUCUGCAAUUCUCUCUUCCUUCCUUCUUCAUCACUUAACCAUGGAGGUCUCUAAGGUAACAGCUCUUCUUCUCAUCUCCAUGCUCUUCAUUUCCUCCGCCACUCCCAUUUUGGGCUGUGGCACCUGCGGAAAGCCGAUUCACAAGCCCAAAAAGCCCACGCCUAAACCUCCGGUCACCGUGCCGCCGAUCACCCUCCCACCGGUCGUUAAACCUCCGGUCACCGUGCCACCAAUCACCCUCCCACCGGUGGUUAAACCUCCGGUCACCGUGCCGCCGAUCACCCUCCCACCGGUGGUUAAACCCCCCGUUACCGUCCCGCCGAUCACCCUCCCGCCGGUGGUCAAGCCCCCGGUGACCGUCCCUCCGAUCACCCUCCCGCCGGUCGUCAAACCUCCAGUCACCGUCCCUCCGAUCACCCUCCCGCCGGUCGUCAAACCCCCAGUCACCGUCCCUCCGAUCACCCUCCCGCCGGUGGUGAAACCCCCAGUUACCAUCCCUCCAAUCACUUUGCCUCCGGUGAUUCCUCCGAUCACUAAGCCACCAUCCGGCCCGGCCAAGCCCUGCCCACCAGCGGCGGCGACCUGCCCCAUUGACACCCUGAAGCUCGGGGCCUGCGUAGACCUUCUCGGCGGGCUAGUCCACGUCGGACUCGGCGACCCGGCCGUGAAUGAAUGCUGCCCCAUCCUUAAAGGCCUCGUUGAGCUAGAAGCCGCGGCUUGCUUGUGCACAACCUUGAAGAUUAAGGCUCUCAACCUCAGCAUUUACGUUCCGCUCGCUCUUCAGCUCCUUGUCACCUGCGGCAAGACUCCUCCUCCUGGAUACACUUGCGCUGUCUAAAACCACCUAAUAAGGGUCUAAGCUGUAGAUUUGAUGGAUUGACAUGAAAGGAUGUCGAGCCUAUGAUUUCUUUCUUUAUGAUUCCACUCCCACCCACCCCCCCUCCUCCCCACCCACCCACGCCUUAGUAUCUCUUUCUCUACAGUGUGGAUUGAAAUUAAUUAUGUAUCUUUGGGUUUAUUUGAACAGCAAUUUAUUGAUGGUAAUUUUAUUUCAUGUGUAUUGUUAAUGUUAAUUUUAUUUGUUUUAUUUA